AUGGAAAGAUUCCUGGGGUUUACCCAUAACCACUGUUUCAUCACGCUGUUCUUCAUCUCCCUGAGCCCACUGGGCUUUGCUCAGUACGAACACUGGCCCUACCUCCCCGGUUACCCGGAGCCACCCCCACAAGUGUACCAGCCCCCCCAGAGACCGGCAAACGUUCCCAAGAUCCAGCUGCGGCUUGCAGGGCAGAAGAGAAAACACAACGAAGGCAGAGUGGAGGUGUUUUACAGCGGCGAGUGGGGCACGGUGUGUGACGACGACUUCUCCAUCCAUGCUGCCAACGUGGUCUGCAGGGAGCUGGGCUACGUGGAGGCAGUGUCUUGGCUACCGAGCUCGAAGUAUGGAAAAGGAGAAGGGAAAAUUUGGAUGGACAACGUCCACUGUAAUGGCAAGGAGACCACCCUGGCAGCCUGCACUUCAAAUGGCUGGGGAGUAACGGACUGCAAACACACCGAAGACGUGGGAGUGGUCUGCAGUGAAAAGAGAAUCCCCGGCUUCAAGUUUGACAACUCAUUGCUUAACCAAAUAGAGAACAUGAACAUCCAGGUGGAGGACAUAAGGAUCCGUGCCAUCCUCGCCACCUACCGCAAGCGGGUCCCUGUCACGGAGGGUUACGUGGAGGUGAAAGACGAAGGGACCUGGAAGCAGAUCUGCGACAAGCACUGGACCAUGAAAAAUUCCCGAGUUGUCUGUGGCAUGUUUGGAUUUCCGAGUGAGAGGAAAUACAACACCAACGUCUACAAGAUGUUUGCCAGCAGAAGGAAGCAGCAUUACUGGGCUUACUCAAUGGACUGCAGUGGGAACGAGGCUCACGUCUCCAGCUGCAAACUGGGCAAUCACCUCAACGUGGACGCAGAGAAGAACGCGACCUGUGAGAACGGGAUGCCUGCAGUAGUCAGCUGUGUCCCUGGACGUGCCUUUGCCCCCAGCAGCCACAGUGGCUUCCAAAAAGCCUUCAGGCAGGAGCAACCACUGGUGAGGCUGAAAGGGGGAGCCAACACUGGCGAAGGACGAGUUGAAGUCCUGAAAAACGGGGAGUGGGGAACGGUUUGCGACGAUAACUGGAACCUGGUGUCGGCUAGCGUGGUGUGCCGGGAGCUGGGCUUCGGGAGCGCCAAGGAGGCAAUAACGGGCGCAAGGCUCGGGCAAGGCAUGGGUCCAAUUCAUCUAAACGAAAUUGACUGUACGGGCUUUGAAAAAUCAGUCACGGACUGCAAGUUCAACAUGGAGUCGCAGGGCUGUAACCAUGAAGAAGACGCUGCUGUGAGAUGCAACGUUCCAGCGAUGGGUUUCCAGAAUCAGCUGCGUCUGAGCGGCGGCCGCAACCCUUACGAGGGCCGGGUGGAGGUGCUGGCAGAGCGCAACGGCACUCUGAAGUGGGGCACCGUCUGCAGCGAGAACUGGAGCACCGUGGAGGCCAUGGUGGUGUGUCGGCAGCUGGGCCUGGGGUUCGCCAGCCAUGCCUUCCAGGAAACCUGGUACUGGCAUGGAGACGUCAGCGCUGACAACGUAGUCAUGAGCGGUGUCAAGUGUUCGGGGACAGAGAUGUCCCUGGCCCACUGUCGUCACGACGGAGCCGACGUCUCCUGUCCCAGAGGAGGUGGUCGUUUUGGUGCUGGUGUGUCCUGCUCGGAGACUGCCCCUGACCUGGUGCUCAACGCCGAGCUGGUGGAGCAGACGGCCUACCUGGAGGACCGCCCGAUGUUCAUGCUGCAGUGCGCACUCGAGGAGAACUGCCUGGCCAGCUCGGCCGUCAACACCUCCGUCACUUCUGGGUACCGGCGCCUGCUGCGCUUCUCCUCCCAGAUCCACAACAACGGGCAGUCCGACUUCCGCCCCAAAAACGGCCGCCACGCCUGGGUCUGGCACGACUGCCACCGGCAUUACCACAGCAUGGAGGUUUUUACCCACUAUGAUCUGUUGAACCUCAAUGGAACCAAGGUGGCUGAAGGACACAAAGCCAGCUUCUGUCUGGAAGACACCGAAUGCGAAGCAGAUGUGCAAAAACAGUAUGAAUGCGCCAAUUUUGGUGAACAAGGAAUCACAGUUGGAUGCUGGGACGUGUACCGGCACGAUAUCGACUGCCAGUGGAUCGAUAUUACCGAUGUCCCGCCAGGCGAUUACCUCUUCCAGGUUGUCAUCAACCCGAACUAUGAAGUUGCUGAAUCCGAUUAUUCAAAUAACGUGAUGAAAUGCAGGAGCCGGUAUGACGGGCAGCGCAUCUGGAUGUACAACUGCCACAUAGGUGGCUCUUUCAGCGAGGAAACGGAGCAGAAGUUUGAUCACUUCAGCGGACUCACAAAUAACAAGGUGUCCACCCGAUAGAACAGCAUCGCCUCCCACCCCACUAUUUAAAGAAGCGAGGUUUCCUGCUUCCGUGAUUUCCCUAACCACUG